CGGAAUGUCACGUCAUAAGAACCAUGGAUGCGAUUAGAUUAGAACACGCGACCGAUCGAGCGUAAUUACGGUACGUGACGACGCACAGGCCUGACGCUCGUAGUAUAAAGGCCUACUUUCUGACGUCAGCUGUCUCUUUCCUGCCUAUGCCCUGGUGAGGUGGGCAGCGUAACAUUUCCUGUCUCUUUUCGCCACUAAGCGGAUCCAAAACCAUCCGUCAAAAUGGUGAACUUUACCGUCGACCAGAUCCGUGCGAUCAUGGACAAGAAGUCCAACAUCCGUAACAUGUCUGUGAUCGCUCACGUCGAUCACGGCAAGUCAACUCUGACAGACUCGCUCGUGUCAAAGGCUGGCAUCAUUGCCUCUGCUCGUGCAGGAGAAACCCGUUUCACUGACACGCGUAAAGAUGAACAGGAACGUUGCAUCACCAUUAAGUCAACCGCCAUUUCCCUCUACUACGAACUGGCCGAGAAUGAUUUGGCCUUCAUUAAGCAGACCAAGGAUGGCGCUGGCUUCUUGAUCAACCUGAUUGACUCUCCAGGUCACGUUGACUUCUCUUCUGAAGUAACUGCUGCUCUCCGUGUCACUGACGGAGCCCUGGUUGUUGUGGACUGCGUAUCUGGUGUUUGUGUGCAAACUGAGACCGUGCUCCGUCAGGCCAUUGCUGAGCGUAUCAAGCCAGUCCUGAUGAUGAACAAGAUGGACCGUGCCUUGUUGGAGUUGCAGCUGCAGCCUGAAGACCUUUACCAGACUUUCCAGCGUAUUGUUGAGUCAGUCAACGUCAUCAUCGCCACAUAUGGUGAAGAGGAUGGGCCUAUGGGACAUCUCCCGGUCUCACCAGUGAUUGGAACCGUGGGCUUUGGCUCUGGGCUCCAUGGCUGGGCUUUCACCUUGAAGCAGUUUGCUGAAAUGUAUGCAGCCAAGUUUGCUGCCAAGGGCAACACCCAGAUGUCUCCAGACGAGCACUGCAAGAAAGUGGAAGACAUGAUGAAGAAGCUGUGGGGCGACAGGUACUUUGAUCCUGCCACUGGAAAGUUCUACAAGAGUAGCAAUCUACCUGCAGGCUCCAAGCUCCCUCGCACCUUUGUGGCGCUCGUCCUGGACCCCAUCUUCAAGGUGUUCGCUGCUAUCAUGAAUUUCAACAAAGAGGAAACUGCCAAACUUCUCAGUAAGCUGGAGGUCAAGCUGGAUACUGAGGACAAGGACAAGGAGGGUAAGCCUCUUCUGAAGGCUGUGAUGCGCCGCUGGCUGCCUGCCGGUGAGGCUCUUCUUCAGAUGAUCACCAUCCACCUGCCUUCCCCCGUCACUGCCCAGAAGUACCGUUGCGAAAUGCUCUACGAAGGACCUAUGGAUGAUGAGUGUGCCAUGGGUAUCAAGAACUGUGACCCCAAGGCACCUUUGAUGGUGUACAUCUCCAAGAUGGUCCCCACCAAUGACAAGGGUCGCUUUUAUGCAUUUGGUCGCGUGUUCUCUGGAUCCGUCUCCACUGGCCUGAAGGUACGCAUCAUGGGCCCAAACUAUACCCCUGGAAAGAAAGAGGAUCUGUACUUGAAGCCAAUCCAGAGGACCAUUUUGAUGAUGGGUCGUUAUGUUGAGCCCAUUGAAGACGUGCCUUGUGGUAACAUCGUGGGUCUGGUUGGAGUGGAUCAGUUCCUUGUCAAGACUGGAACAAUCACCACCUUCGAGCAUGCGCACAACAUGAAAGUGAUGAAGUUCAGUGUCAGCCCUGUCGUGAGAGUUGCUGUGGAGGUCAAAAAUCCUGCUGACCUGCCCAAGCUGGUGGAGGGUUUGAAGCGUCUGUCCAAGUCUGAUCCUAUGGUGCAGUGCAUCAUUGAGGAGUCUGGCGAACACAUCGUUGCUGGAGCUGGAGAGCUGCAUUUGGAGAUCUGCCUGAAGGAUCUGGAGGAGGAUCAUGCUUGUGUUCCACUCAAGAAAUCUGAUCCAGUGGUCUCCUACAGGGAGACAGUCAGUGUGGAAUCAUCUGUGGUGUGUCUGUCCAAGUCCCCCAACAAGCACAACCGUCUGUUCAUGAAGGCUGCUCCCUUUGAGGAGGGCUUGGCAGAGGCCAUUGAGAAGGGUGACAUCUCCCCUCGUCAGGAGUUGAAGCUGCGUGCCAGAUACCUUGCUGAUACGCACGAUUGGGAUGUUGGAGAGGCCAGAAAGAUCUGGUGCUUUGGCCCUGAUGGAACUGGCCCCAACCUUUUGGUGGAUGUCACCAAGGGAGUGCAGUACCUUAAUGAGAUCAAGGAUAGUGUUGUGGCUGGCUUCCAGUGGGCAGUCAAGGAGGGUGUCCUCUGUGAAGAGAACAUGCGUGCCGUUCGCUUCAACGUCCAUGAUGUUACCCUGCACACAGAUGCUAUUCAUCGUGGUGGUGGUCAGAUUAUUCCAACAGCUCGCAGAUGCCUGUAUGCAUGCCAACUCACCGCUGAGCCCAAAAUGAUGGAGCCAGUCUACCUGGUGGAGAUUCAGUGUCCCGGAAGUGCAGUUGGUGGAAUCUACGGUGUGUUGACCAGAAGACGUGGUCACGUCUUUGAAGAGAUCGCUGUUGCAGGAACACCCAUGCGUGUCACCAAGGCCUUCCUGCCUGUCAUGGAGUCCUUUGGUUUCACAGCUGACCUUCGUUCCCACACUGGUGGCCAGGCCUUCCCACAGUGCGUGUUCGACCAUUGGCAGAUCCUCCCCGGAGACCCAACGGACCCCGCAUCCAAGCCCGGUAUCGUUGUCACCGACGCGCGCAAACGCAAGGGGCUCAAGGAAGGUGUCCCACUACUGGAGAACUACCUGGAUAAAAUGUAAUCGCUAUGACUACACUUGGCUUUCGCCUCAUUCCUCCCUUCCCAAAAGAUAUGUCUACAUUGGGGGACUGGACUAUACAGAACAAAGUGAGCACUAAUGUUUGCCAAAACAAUUGAAAAUAAUGAAUAAACACCCACAAAAAUUGUAAACGAAGUAAAUAAAAUAAAAAUAAAAACCAA